AACUCACUAAUCAUUUACAAACAUAAACUUGAGCAGGAACCGAAGAAAAGGACCGUGUUACCCUUUUCUUCUUCCUCUCUUUCCUUCCCACCACCACCAUCUCUUCUCCCUCUCCGGGAACGUUAAUUCAAGAUUCGCCCUUUCUAGUCUUAUAACGAUGGGAACCGAAGUCAUCAGGCCUCAGGACUGUUUGGUUAACCGGAUGAGAGAUUCUCCGGCGACCAUUUUUCACCAUCCCCGGAGAAAUCAUUCUCACCGGAGACCGCCUCUCCGACCUGACCAAAGGAGACGGUUCGGAUCCGUUGACUUCAGAACGACCGCGAAGGACGGCGUUAGGAGAAGAGGAGAGUCUUUUGAUUCGUUUUCGAACAUCAAGGCUCGGAGAUCAAAUGCACCGGAAGUCUCUCCCGACGAUAUCUACGCCGGGUCUUCCAUUUUCCUUGUUUCUCCGGCGCCGAGCUCGCUACCUUUGCCGUCGUUCUCGAGGAGAAACGCGAAAAGCCAGGUCGUUGUUGUUUCCGUUGAUGAUUCGGCGUCUCAGGAUCUCCGGCGACUUCUCCGGCUUGAAUUUUGAGUUAACGCGGGAAACUUAACGGGAUCGUCAGCUAUAUAACGGUUCUCAUAUGUAUUUAAAUCUGGGAAUCGUCUCCGUUAUUGUUUUACUAAUCUGUCCUUCCUUUGAAUAAUUUGUUACAGAAUGGGAUGGGUCUGAGUGAUCGUAUAAAAAAAAAAGUACAGGGUCAGAUUUAGAAACAAAUGUUAAAUAUUAGCUGACUUUUCAGUUUUAUUUGGUUAUAUGGAUUUAA